AUGGUGGCGGCUGAGCAGACGGCGGUGCUUUGCGGGACGCGGAAAAAUGCGAGCAGACGGGCCAAUUCAUAUCAUUCACCGCCGCUGAGUCGGCACGGCAGCAACACGGAGCUGGUGUGUACAUGUAGAGCCCAGGGCAGAGGUGAAGACGGCUGUGAAGGCGACAUGGUGCCGCUGGUCGACGAUGCUGGAAGCGGAGAUGUACAGGGGAGCCAGACCCAACGGCCAGGUAGCUCCAGCCUUACCAAGACGCCCCAUGUGGACGCGCAAGCCCUCGUGCUGCGCCGUGCAGACGGGCUCGAUCUGCUGCCGGUACGCUCGAUACGCGCAUCGUAUGGUGGAGAGUGGCAGUCAAGGACAGAUUGGGCCAUGGUGUCGUAUGCCAAGCCCUAGGCCCUGGUCACCCCACACAAGCUAGAUCGACUGACACAUGCACAACCUCGACUUGCACAUUCACCCUCGCCUGCUCACAUACCGGCCUUUUGCAGUCCAUCCGCCCUGGCUGACCCGUCUCCUCCAGCGCCCGGCCUCGCCCGGUACCGGAGCAGUCCUUGGAGAAUGGCACGGCUGGGCUGCCGCCGUGAGAUGAAAAGAUGACGAGAAAGAGAAGGCCUUGGAUGGGAUGCGCCGUGCAGUCUUAACAAUGCUCGACAGCCCAUGCAGAACAAUCCGGGGAUACUAGACGCUUCGAACCGCCGCCAUGCUCAAAGUAUGCUGUCUCAACGUGUCAUGGUUCCACUUGGGUGCUGACUCGGCACCCAAAUCAUGAUAUCACUGGUGCUUGCCGAGCGG